UACUUAAUCAACAUUCUCUUGAAUUAAAAACGGAUAUAGAACAACGAUUUCGGCUUACCAACAUUCGUGAGCUAGCAACUGAUCGUACUCCAUUACUAUCAUUCAUGUUCUAUACUGGUGCUCUAACAUAUAAACCGGGAUCAUUAAAAUAUGAACUUCAGAUCCCGAAUCGUAUUGCCAAAAGAGAGUUUAUUGCAGAGGCACUUAAGAUUUAUGAUUGGAAAGAAGAGGAUUUAAUGUCUGUGCGGAAUGACAAUAGUGUUAAGCAUUCAAAUGAAGAAGCAUUGAAACAAGCUUUUAUGGAUGCUUUAAUUCUCACUCUUCACGCGGACAUUGAACCAGAAUUUCGGGUGCAUACUCAAAAUUUAAGUAGAAAAGCAAUUGAUCUAGUAAAGACAAGUACCGGAAGAAGAAUAGCAAUCGAAUUUGAUAAUAUUAAGACAGAAUGUGUUAAAUUAAAUGGAGUCACAAAUAGCUGGCAGGAAUUAACUCAGGUGUCCCGAUUAUUGUCAGAAAAAUCAGAUGAAGAAAUUUUAAGCCUUGAAAUCAGUGAUAAAUAUCGGCCUAAACAAAAGACAGUUCGUGAAGUUUUGGAACAUAAAAUUAAAGUGAAAAAAAAUGAGUACUUAAUGCCUUUAAAAGAACGAAACGAUGCAGAAUUGAGUUCUUUGCGGAAGGAACUUAACACCAUUACACCCGAAUGUGAUCAAGAUCUCCAAUUAUUUGAGAGCGACACUGAUAUUGGACUUACUCUGGCUUUACAAAAUAAAGACACCUCCUCUUCAGCCAAAAAUGCUAUUGAACCAACUUCUGAAAUAUGCUCCAA